AUGCCGAAAGACAAGAGAAAGCGCCCCGGCGCCACGGAAUCAUCCCCGUACUCAAAGCCCUCUGCAAAAGCCUCCGCCGCACACAGCAUCUUCAAAAUGAACCACGAUCUCGGGCAACACAUCUUGAAGAACCCCGGCGUCGCCUCCGCCAUCGUGGACAAGGCGAACCUCAAGCAGAGUGACCACGUCCUCGAGAUCGGCCCCGGUACCGGUAACUUGACUGUCCUCAUCUUGAGAAAGGCCAAGACAGUGACGGCAGUGGAAAUGGAUCCCCGUAUGGCUGCCGAAGUAACGAAGCGCGUGCAAGGUACACCUGAGGGAAACAGACUGAAAGUACUACUGGGAGAUGCGAUUAAGAUGGAUUACCCCCAUUUCGACGUGUGUAUCAGUAAUACUCCGUACCAAAUCUCGUCGCCUCUUGUCUUCAAACUUCUUUCUCUUAAGAAUCCGCCACGGUGUGCUGUUCUUAUGUUCCAGCGUGAAUUCGCCAUGCGUCUCUUUGCCAAACCAGGAGAAAAGCUAUUCUCCCGUCUUUCCGUUAAUGUCCAAAUGUGGGCCCGCGUCUCGCACGUCAUGAAAGUCGGGCGAGCGAACUUCAACCCCCCGCCCAAAGUCGAGUCCAACGUCGUGCGCAUUGAACCCAAGCAUCCCCGCCCCCAAAUCUCCUACGAAGAGUGGGACGGCCUCCUCAGAAUAUGCUUCGUGCGCAAGAACAAGACGCUAAGCGCGAGUUUCCUCGGGACAAGCGCUGUCGUGGAGCUCCUCGAGAAUAACUACAAGUUGUAUUGCGCGCAGAACGAUAUCCCGAUCGACGAGUCGGCAGACGAUGCGCAGAUGAACGACGCUGGCAACGCGGAUGAGAUGGACGUCGAAGAGGAGUUCAAGGGGUUUUCCGACCCCGAUGACGUCGACGACGAGGUACCCGAUUUCUUCAAGACCGCGCAGAAGAAGGGUGGUAAUCGGAAGAAGAACAGGGGCGCGGUGACGAGUAUUGUACGGAAGAAGAUAGAGAAGGUGCUGGAAGAAACGGAACUCGCUGAGAAGCGCGCGCGGAUGUGCGACGAAGGUGAUUUUUUGAAGCUGCUUUAUGGGUUCAAUCAGGAGGGGAUACACUUCGCGUGA